AUGGCCUCGUAUCUCAGUUCCCUGUUCUACUACCAAGACUCUGUCCUGCUGUCCCUGACGCCAGGCAUCAUGCCAAGGGGACAGAAGAGUAAGGCCCAUGCUCGUGAGAAACGACGCCAGGGGCUCAAGGAUGCUCAACAGUCUGAAAGCUCAGCACCCAGCAGCACUGCCAGCCAGGAAGGGAGCCAUGGAAGGUCUGAAAAUGGUGACCCGGGCCAAGGGGAUGGAAAUGAGCAUUCCUCCAGGGAUCGACUCUCCACUAGAAGCAUGCAGAUGGAUUUUAUGACAAGGAAGACUGGAAUGCUGAUGGAGUACAUGCUCUGCAAAUACAAAGUGCAGCAACUCAUGAAGAGUGGAGAGAUGCUCAAAGUUAUCAACAAAAGGUUCAAGGAACACUUCCUCGAGAUCCUCAAGAAAGCCUCCUAUCGAUUGGAUGUGGUGUUUGGCCUUGAACUGAAAGAAAUCCUGCCACAUGGUCAAGCAUAUGAGCUUGUGAGCAAGUUAGAUUUCGAGGAUGUUGGAAGUAGGAUCAAUGAGCUAGGUGUUCCUACCAGGGGCAUUCUGAUUGCUCUCCUAAGUGUGAUCUACCCAAAUAAGUACUGUGCUGCCGAAGAGGAUGUCUGGUAUUUCCUGAAUGCAUUAGGAGUCUAUGAUGCGAUCAUACACGUCUUCUUUGGGGAUAUCAGGAAGCUUAUCACUGAAGAUCUGGUACAGGAAAAGUACCUGGUAUACUGUCAGGUUCCUAACAGUGAUCCUCCAUCCUAUCAGUUCCUGUGGGGCCCGAGAGCCUAUGCUGAAACAAGCCAGAUAAAGGUGAUGGACUUUUUAGCCAAUAUCAGUGAAGCCUUGCCUGGGGUUUGCUUAUAUCGUUCUGAUCAGGCUGAUUGA